UAAAGGUUGAGGUAGCUAAAUUUUUAGUGUUUAAUAAAAAUAAGUUUCAAAGAAAUGAAAUAAAUCUUUAUUUUUGAUGGACGAUACUAAGAAUUUAGGAGAAAAUAUGGAACCCACAGAAACCACAACAACCACAAGAAUCGGUUGUGUAUGUGAUGCUAAAAAAAUAAAAGUAAUGGUUUCCAGAAGUUGUCAAACGGAUGAUAUACCAGUGAUGGACAUGCUUGAACAAGCAAUUAAAAAAAAUCCAGAUCUGAGAGAGGUGCUUAUAACUUAUGCUCUUAACGAAUCCGCUAAAUUGAGAAAUAUAAAUAAACACUUUGUUCCAAUUGAGGAUAGAGUGGCCAAUGAUUUUAAUCUUGCCUUGUGCUCCAACGAUUGGAAACACUUUAGGCACAGAUCUUCGUCUAUGAUUAGAAAAGAUUAUAUUAAUCGCUGCGUUAACAGAAUUGGCAAGAAAUAUGAUUUGGAAUGCGAAUCUAAUAAUUCCAUUUCCAAUGUAAUUUCAGAAUCAAUUUGGCCAGAUAUUAAUAAAGAACACCGCAAUGAAAUCCAACAACGCAAAAUUACUACCAAGUAUUACAACGCUAAAGAUAAUAGCUGGCAUGAAGAAGUGGAAGAUCCAGUAUUAUGUUGUAGAAACAAAUAUCUCGCUUGCAGUAAUCAAAUAGAUAUAUCCAAUAACAACAGCGAAACUUCUAAUAAUAUUGAGGAAUCAACUGAGAGUAAAGAUGAACUAAUAUGUUCAGAAAGUAUGAAUAAUGAAGCCUCUGCAUAUAGUAAGAAAAAAAAUGGCCUAGGCUUCACAAUGCAUUAUUCAGCGAAAGAUGGAACUUGGUUUAAAGUUCCAGAUUCUGUAUCUAAUAGUAUUGAAGCUAUCGAAAAAAAUAGCAAUGGUGGUAGUUUUGAGAAUUUAGAGAACGAUGAGGAUUGUAUAACUCUGUGCUAUUCCGCAAAGGAUGGAAAAUGGUAUGAACCGCAUGAUCAGCAUCAUUAUGCAAGCGUGCCUGUAGCAGAGUUAGUUAAAAAGUCAUUAAAUGAUCUCAAAAAAUCAAAAUGCUCCUCUGCGCUUUCAAGUGAUGAUGAAAAUUCCUCUUAAGUUCAUACGUUAUUCUUUGUACAUCAUCUUACUAAAAAAGGAUUAGAAUUUUGUGUCAGAUACGGAUUAUGUGUCUAUGGAACAACUAUGGAUCUGAUUGCGUGAGUACAAUAUUAACAUUGAUAGCAUAAAGAACUAAUUACAAAUGAGGAGUUGAUUUUAUCAUAUAUUUAUUUCGAUUUUAAAGGGAAAACGUUCCUUGAAUUAUUUUGAAGCCACUGAAUAUGUUUUGAUAUGAUGUGCUGGGAAUUCAUGAUUUUGGCAUUUGUAAAGUUAAAAUUUAAAGAGAGUCUUUGGCAAGGUGUGUUCGAGAGAAAGUAAAAUUUUAGAAUAAAUAAAAGCAAUUUGGUACGAUUUUGGUAUAUUUGGCAAUAAAACAAUCCUUGUAAUUUGAAAA